AUGGUCUUGAAAGCUUGUAAAAUUCUUGGAUUGAUGGAGAAGAAUCUGGAGACAGUGAGUGAACUUAAAAAUCAUAAAAAGGCCUACCCCAAUGCGAAAAUUCCAAGGAAGCUAAAGAUACUGUCCAAGAAUGUGUUUCCGAGUUCAUUAGCUUCAUCUGGGGAGGCCUCAGACAAGUGCCAAAGAGAGAAGCGGAAGACCAUCAAUGGCGACGAUCUUUUGUGGGCGAUGACAACGUUAGGGUUCGAGAAUUACGUUGGAACCUUGAAGACUUACCUCAACAAAUAUCGAGAAACCGAAGGUGAAAAAAACUUGAUGCCUCGGCAAGAUGAUCAUCAUCAAGCUCUCGUCACCAGCAUGAACCCACGAAAAUUCAUAAUGAAUGGUUCUUUAUCAGUUUCAAAGGCAGAUUUUCAGAAUUUAACAUGGGAUUUUACUCCUUGGCCACAAGCAACUGCAAAAAGUAUUGGAGACGGCACAAGGGUGAUCAGCUACGGAGAAAAUUUGGGCACAGAAGGGUUUAAUUUCAGCAGGAUUCACCAUGAAAAUGGAGAAGGAAAUGGAAACGAGCAGCCUUGGCAGCUGCUCGGUUCAUGGAGGAGUUGA